UUAUUUCUGCAUGCAUACAUGAAGCCACCCUCUUUUCAUUCCUUCUCAACCCUGAGACAGAGAGAAACAUCCAACAAUAACACUCCUCUGGAUCCUCCGGAGGGAAUACUUUUUCUUCCACCUGUUCCUCCCACAACGAGACCUAGGGAUUCACCUAGGCUCGUAAUUCAAAAAUGGUACCUUUUGGAGGAGUCAUUAGUGAUAUCAAAGGAAGGGCUGCUUGCUACAAACAUGAUUGGACCAGUGCAUUAUUUUCUGGGAUUAAGAUACUGGCUCCAACUUUCUACAUAUUCUUCGCUUCAGCUCUUCCUGUUAUUGCUUUUGGAGAGCAACUUAACAGGGAUACAGGUGAGUUGAUCCAUACCCAACAAAAACACAUUUUAAAGCUAGUUCUUCAAGGUUUGUACGUUGAUGUGGGUGUAAGUGAACAUAUAUAACACAUCCAAAAAUAUGAGGCGGUAAAUAUGUUGAGUUGAUCCAUACCCAACAAAAACACAUUUUAAAGCUAGUUCUUCAAGUUUUGUACGUUGAUGUGGGUGUAAGUGAACAUAUAUAACACAUCCAAAAAUAUGAGGCGGUAAAGAGACCAUGGAAGGAAGGAUACAAUGAUCAGACAACACAUCUAAAGGCCUUCGAAAGUUAAGCACAUUAGAAGGUGUUCGAUUAAUCAAAUAAACUGCAGAUGUCACAGCCUCACCCCAUAAAUGAGAUGGGACAUUACCAUCUAUCAAAAAUGAUCUUGUCACCUCUAAUAUAUGUAUAAUUUUUCUCUCAGCCACCCCAUUUUGUUGUGGUGAAUAAGGACAUGUAGUUUGAUGUAAGAUGCCUUUGGAGUUCAUGAACUCGAUUAACUCAGUCUUAAGAUAUUCUCCUUCA